AUGUCUGCUCCUCCCUGGCAACAAGUAUCGCAAGAUGAAGAAGAAGGAUCAAUAGAGUAUUCGACAAAGUCGCAGGAGGCGACGGAGCCGGUUUCUGACUGGCAUGAAGUGAAAACCGAGGAUGGUCGUGUAUACUAUUAUGACUCAAUAUCUAGGAAGAGUGUAUGGGAAAAGCCAGAGGAACUCAUGAACGAGUUUGAACGAAAACUGUCAAAAUUGGCUUGGAAAGAGUACACCACGGCUGAUGGAAAGCAGUAUUGGUAUAAUGUAAAUACUCGUGAAUCUGUCUGGGAAAUUCCCGAAGAAUUUAGAAAAGCGAUCGCCGAGGAGACACUUCCAAAAACUAAACAGACUUUGCCUCCGGCUCAUCAUAAACAAGAAGCACGUCCUGAACCGUAUCCAGAGUCCGAGGCCCAGUCAGCGAGACCUGACAGAGAACAGGCAACACCUUCCAAAGAUGCAAGUUCUCGAAAGCGUGCUCCAAAUUUUGUACCUUCUAAAGAAAAGCGUCAACGACGUGGAGAUCACCGUGAAGAGGAUUUUGAUACCUAUGAGGCCGCUGAGCGAGCUUUUUUCAGAUUUCUGGAUUCGUUCAAUGUUACCCCGAGCUGGACUUGGGAGAAAGCAGUUCAUGAAUUAUGUACUGAAAAAGGAUAUUAUGUGAUUAAAAACCCUUGGGAACGGAAAUGCGCUUUUGAUGCUUAUAUUAUGAAUUAUUUGACGGAGCAGAGUGAUAGAGAAAAAAAUCGAAUUUUGACACUUCGAAAAGACUUUUUUGGUCUUUUGAAAUCAAGAAAUGACAUCCGCUCAUACACUUUUUGGAGAACCGUUAAAUCGCUGUUGGCUGAUCAACCUGCUUUUUUGGCUGCUCCCACCGAGUUUGAGCGACAGUUGUUGUUUUUCGAAUACAGACAAAAGUUAAAGGAAGAUGAUGAAAAGCAACAAAAAGAUAAUAGAAAAGCAGCUUUCGAUGAUUUUUGUGUCCUUUUGAGCAAGUUGGAAUUGGAUCCUUACACGAGGUGGAACACGGCUCAAGAAAAGUUUGAAAGUGAUCCCCGCUAUCAAAAGAAUCCAAAUAUGAAAAAUUUAUCACAUUUAGAAGCUCUCACGGCUUAUGAGAGUCACAUAAAACAGCUUGAACGCCAGUACAUUAUGGAAAAGCAAAGACUAAAGAAAGAGAAGUAUAGAACUGAAAGGAAGAAUCGUGAUGCUUUCCGAAUCCUUUUGCUUCGUCUUCGUCAGGAAAAGAAGAUAAACUUACGCACGAAAUGGAAAGAAAUAUUCCCCCUUUUUAAAGAUGAUCCUAGAUAUCUGAAUAUGCUUGGCCAGCCUGGAUCCACUCCUUUAGACCUUUUUUGGGACAAUAUUAUUGAGUUGGAAAAUGAUUUCCGGGAAAAGCGAAAUGUUGUUUUGGAUUGUCUUCAGCUAUUGAAACUAAAAGUUGAAGAAGAUUCUGAUAUUUCAUUAUUUGUCCAACGUGUUAUGCAAGGCUUAAAAGAAAACAAUAUGGAUGAGUCUGUUACAGAAGAUAUUGUUCUGGAGGUUAUUUUUCGUAUAAAAGAAAAGAUUGCACAUCGUAAAGCUGAUGAAAAGAAAGCUGACGAGCGUCGGAUUCGACGGAAAAUUGAUAACCUUCGAAGUGCCAUCAAAUAUAUAGAACCCCCUGUUCCUCUCACUGCUACGUAUGAAGAAAUGAGGCCUGUUUUGUCUGCAUUGCCUGAAUUUUCUGCCAUAGACUCGGAAGAAUAUCGUGCUGCCGCCUUUGAUAAAUACAUUCGUAGGCAAAGAGAAAAAACAACAUCAGAAAAGCCGAUUAGAGCAAGGAGAGGCUAUUAUGAUGAAGCUGAAGAUGGUACACGUGGUGGCUACUCGUCUGGGGCUCGCGUGUAUGAGACGAAGCCGUCCUUAGACUAUGACGAGGAUUACCCAAUGAAGUCUGACCAACACGUUGGGCCUUCUGGCCCGGUUCAGCCUUCGAGUCGGAAUGAUUUUAACUUCUUACAGUCAAAUGCUCCUCCUGCGUCUGGCAUGGAUGGAGAAUCAAGUGAGGAAGGUGAAAUCCACUAA